CCUGUAGCCCCUCAAGCCCUUUGGCUCGCCGCCCUCAUGCAGAUGUCAAGCACAAAGCGGAAGGCUUAGCACCACCGUCUCAAGGCCACGCUCUAAUUAGUCAGUCUUGCUAAUUGGGCCACCUCGUGUGGCACGGCAGCAUCCCAUCAGCCCCCCUACCAAUUACACGCACGCCCUCAUUCACCACAUGCAUGUCGACUGUGCAAUGCGCACCUACCGCUACACACUACACACAUAUAUGCGUCCUGCCUGCCUGCCUGCCUGCCUGCUGUCCUAGCUACGCCAUCACGUGACGGUGACUGUCUUGGCCAGCCCUCGAGGCUUGUCCGGGUUGAUCUCUCUGGACACACACACAAGAAGCCGCACAGGCAUCCAUCUAUCUAUGUGUUUCUGCCCCUCCCUCCCGCCCACCUAAUGAGGGCCAGUGCGUAUGCGAUGAGUUGCAGGGGGAUGACGGCGAGGAGUGCGGUGAGCGGCCCGUUGGACGGGAUGACUAUGACGUCGUCGGCGACCUCCUGCACCAUGGCCGGGUCGUCGGUGAUGCAGAUCAGGUGGGCGCCACGCGCUCGCACCUGCUGGGCGGCGUUGAUCAUCAGAGGCGCAUGCUGGUCGCCGAGCACCAACAGGAUCACUGAUUGCGGCACAAGAAAUAUCGUGGAGUGAGAGGUGACUUAUGAUGCUUUUAUGUGUGUAGGUACCUGGGGUCCUGGCAUUCUCGUCGAUGAGGGCGAAUGGACCGUGCUUGAGCGCGCCCCCAGCAAACCUGCAAAGCGAAAGGCAAGAGAUGGCAUGAAGGGGCCGCCCAACGAGUGUGUGUGUGUGUGUGUGAUGGGUGUGCUGACCCUUCUGCGUGUACGUAAGAUAUCUCUUUGAUCUUGAGUGCGCCCUCGAGGGCCACCGGGAAGGCGAACCCCUUGCCUGCAACACACCACGCGCCGGCAAAACACAUAGACAAGCUGACAUUUCGUUUCGUCUCUCUGUGCGUUGCCCGCCCGCUCUUACCCAGCACGAAUAUCGUCGACGCGUCCCUGAUCUUGUGGGCUAUCUGCCUGCACAAAGCACACACCGACACAAACAAGGGCAUGAUUAAGUCAGCAUGUGUAUCUGCCUUGGCCUUUCGCCUCGACUCACAUGGCCUGGUCUCUGCAGUGGAGGGUCAUCCCAGCAUAUACCGGCAGACGGUGAACUGACGCACAUCAAACAUGUCAGAAGUGGACGACGGACCUCUUUCUGUCCCUGUGUGUGUCUCGUGUCGUCUCACUGGCGUCCAUGAGCAGUUGUCUCCUGUCGGGGAAUCGUAUCUUCUCCCUCUCCUGUGCGAACCACGCCGCGAUGAGCGACAGCACCGUCACCUGGGACGAGAACGCCUUGGUCGAAGCUACCGCUACCUCACGACCUGCACACACAGAGACAGGCAAGACCGCCGUGUGGGCGCACCUUUUUCUCUCUCUCCCUCCCUCUCUCUCUCUCUCUCUCUGCGUGUGUACCGGCGUUGAGAUAAACACCGCAGUUGGUAAGCCUGGCGAGAAGGGACCCGACGACAUUGACGAUCGAGAACUUGGUCACGUUGGCCUGAUCGGCUACGUUGCACGCCCUGCGGAAUAAAGAGGGACAGAGGGGACACACCAUGAUGCACUUGAGUGCAUUCGGUGAGAAUGAAAACUAUGUGUGCAGGCUGCUGAUGGCUCACCUGACGGUGUCUAGGGUCUCUCCCGACUGUGACACCAGGAGCACACCUGACAUGAGCCCAACAGGCCGAUGAGAUGGUUGGAGGGAGAAGGUGUGUGAAAGCGCUUUCGUGUGUGCGUUUACCGGCGUUUUCCUUUGGGAAUGUGUUGAGGUCCACUUCGCUCGCAUCCACGGCCUUCACCUGACCCACCAAUGGAUGGAUGGAUAGACGACAUACACAGAUGAGAGUGUUGUGUUGUGUGUGCCUCUCCCUCCCCCCGUCCCUCCCUCCCUCGCUGCCAGACUUACCGUGUCGAAGCACUUCAGCCACUGCAUGAUGAGCUCGCCGUAGAUACUCGCGUACAGGGACGUGCCGCACCCAGUCACCACCAAGUUGCUGACAAACACACACACAUCAACUCAUGCCAUACUCACGUUUACAGACGGCUUCUCGGUCUCAUGACAGUACCGUAUCGACGCCAUUCGCUCUCGGUUGUCGUCCAUACCACCCAGCUUGACCCUGCAAACAACAAAUGGGACAACGGAUUAUACAUCCUUGGUUCUCGCGUCCUCUGUCUUGUGCAUUAGCUACCGGUUCUGCAACGCAGAGAGCCGUCCACCGUAGUUGAGGGCCCCUGACGACCACACACAGAAACAUGAGUAUGCGCCAUCCCUCCGUGCGUCUGUCUUACUUGCGAGGCUUUGUGGCUGCUCGAAUAUCUCCUUCUCCGUCCAGUGUGCGUAGGGUGCGGGCGAUGUCUCCACCUUCUCCAUCUUGAUGUGCUGCAUCGGCCUGCAUCACACAAAUCACAGCGGGUCGUGCACCGACAAGAGGGCGCCUUGUCUGUUGUCAUACCUGGUGGCCGACAGGUGUGCGAUGCCCGCUCUCGUAACGACCGCGAUCUCGCCAUCCUUCAACGUCAAAUACUCUGGCCCAAGAGACAACACACGCUCCUCAUUGACAUGUUUGUGCGGCUCGUUGUGUGUGUGUGUGUGUGUGUGUGCGUUGCAUUCUCUCACGGUUUGUGUGUCUUGACAGGGCCGCCGCCUCGGAUGCCACGAACACCUCUCCCUCAGUGCUGCCUGCAUCCACGCAGAAGGCAACCAUAAUUAGUCGACCGAUGUCUGCGUCCUGUCCACAACAGCUGUGAGAGCGUACCAACGAGCAGCGGGGAUCCGUUUCUCGCGAGGACUAUGCGGUCGGGGUAGUCACGAUGCACUAUCGCUAAACCCCAAGUGCCUGCAUAGACGCGUCCAUCAUCCAAAUGAGUGGGCGGAGUGCAUGUGCAGUCCUGGUCACCUUGCAGCUCGAGCACUGCUCGUGUGACGGCUGGCUCGAAGUCGUCGCCCUCGUCCAUGAACUGAUCACACACAGACACAGACGCCACGCACGCACAGACAUCCGUGCAUAGGGCAGAACAGCCUUCUUCCUCUCUCUCCCGUGCUCCCAUUCCUACGUUGCUGAUGAGGUUGGCGAUCACUUCGGUGUCGGUCUCACUCCUGCAGAGGCACACAGGAGGAGGAAGCAUUCAUCACUGUGCAUCCACCUUGUCUUGUCUCAUUGUGGCUACCCACCUGAAUACGAUUCCCUUGUCGAGCAGCUUCUUCUUGAGGACGCUGUAGUUCUCUAUCGUACCGUUGUGAACCAAACUCAGGCGGUCUUUCUGCACCAUAUCGACACAUACACAUCAGCAGGGAUCCGUCCAUGUCAUCCAUCCAUCCAUCCAUCUGUGCACCGCUCACGUAGUCUUGGUGUGGGUGUGCGUUGGUGUCGGUCUUGGCGCCGUGAGUUGCCCUGAACGAAGAAAACCAAAUGAAAGGCCAAACAGACGUUUCGCUUUGCCACACGGUAAUGACUGGCUGACCAUCGUGUGUGGGCGAUCCCUAUCUUGUGGCCGCCGUGCAUCUGGACACAGACACAUCCACGUAAACGCAGGUCACGUCGAUGUCGGCCACACUCUAUGUACCGGUGGCGAUUCUCGUUCGAGUAUGUCGAUGGAGUCGUGUGUGCUGCCCUUGCUCGCGAAUUUGGUCGUGAGCAGCUUGCCCUCGUUGAUCGUCGUGAUGCCUGACCAUAACACAACCAACCACACACAACAUGAGCGGUGAAGGACACCAAGUUCAUCCCCACUAUCCCUCCGCCCACCCACCGCAUGAGUCGUAACCCCUGUUCUGCAGAAUCGAGAUGCCUGCAGCGCAGACAGCACAAUCCACACACAACGAGAUCACACACAGAGUGCGUCAUCUCCCCACCCUCCCUCACCCCCCCUCACCUUCCAUGAGGACCGGCUGCACAUCUUUCUGGCCAAUGUAGGCCACGAUGCCGCAGCAGUUGGCCGGUGGCCGCCGCCACUUCUCACUCCACCACGCGUACCCGCCAUAAGCCAGCAACGCUCCGCCCACCGACGAUGCCCAGCCGGGCACGCUCCCGUCACCGCUCCGGCCGCAACGCUCGCCGCCGUCGCUGUUUUCGCGAAAACGGUGGCCGCUUGCCGCCUGUGCUGGCGCACAGGUUGCCAGGGAUGCACUGGUGGUGGGAAAGCGGCAAAGCAGCCGCAGAUGAGCCGCUGUCGCCGCUGUGCGAAUGCACCGAUCCAUAGCGAUGAUCCGCACCGGAUGAAGGAUAUCUGCGUGUCAGACUACGUCCACAUGCCCUCAGAAGGGCGCGAAAGCCGCUUCCUGGCGGUUUCAGGGAGCAUCCUCUUCC